ACAUGUUAGAUCGUCACUUAUAACUGUAUCUUCAUCAUCACCAUCAUCAUCAUAUGAGGCAGAGAAAAAAAAUUCAAGUACGGAGUCUCCACAUAUUAAAUGAAAUUUAACAGGCACCUUCCAGUUCUGAUUUGGCAGAUAAAAUUCCGGAAAAAGGCACUCCUCGCUUCUAUUUCCCUUGAGAUCCUGUUGAUAAUGCCUCCCAAGCACGGUUCAACAAAGCGACCUUCAACAAACAACGAGGACUCAAUUGUGUCCCAAAAGCGAUUCAUCGUGAACGAUGUCGACGGGCAACAUGCCAUAAACGUUAAUCAGGAACCAUAUGAAAAAUCCAACAAUGACGCGAUCAAUGAGUCUGCUUCACCUGCCAAUGCCAAACUACGAGCAAAUCUCGUUCAGCAAGGAGAACACGGUAAAGAAUCCAAAGACGCGUCGAAUUCAAAGGUUUUAGUUGCUCGAAACGCAGCACCUCAAAGUUUUACCAGUUGUCACUCUGCGAAACAUGGAACAAAAGUGCAUUGUUCAUCUAUAGACAUUUUUACACGCUUGCCAUACGACGUUGCUUUGCUUAUUAUCGACCUUCUCCAACAGCAUGCAGUUGCCGAAUGCACCAGAGUCUGUUCCGCUUGGCGUGCAUUGGUCCUGGAUUAUUCAAAACCAUGGUGUCACAUUGAAGCUACAUCUUGGGGACGAACACGUGCGCUACCCCCUUAUAAACUGUUACCCUCUGUCAGUCAGCAUGUUCAAGAGAUUCGUCUCCUAUUCUCCAACCAAGCUUUAAACUGCAUCAAACUCCUUCGUACAGAAAACUUUCAUAAUUUGCGAGUACUGCAUAUUCAAGAACGGAAACAGAGUUUAUACUCUGAACUCUGUUCUGCUUUACCAAAUGUCGCAAAUACGUUAACGAUGCUGGACCUUUACAUUGGAAGGGAUGACGACGUUCCAUAUUUGGCUCCUAUACUGUCUAUCUGCCGCAAUCUGACGCGUCUCAAGUUUGAUUCCAGUCAUAAGGACAACUCAAAAGCGUUCUCAACAAUGUUUUCGCUGUCGCAUACUACUCGGCUAACAGAGAUCGAACUAUUAUCGCGUGACUCGGAGAGCAUCCAAGCUGAACGUCUAGAAAGCCUCAUUCAGCACUCACCUCACAUUCAAUGGGUACUCCUCUAUAACUUUACAACCGAUGUCUAUGAAACUGUCCGCCUCCACUGUCCUGGUAUCAAAUAUUUAAUGAUAGCACGCAGUCCGGCAGCGCUGAAGAACCAUUAUUGAAGAAAUAUCAUUCGACAUUGCGUGCACUUGACUUACAAGACUGUAGUAUCUACUUUGAUAAUGACAGACUCAGUGGCCCUU